GGAAAAUCAUCCUUCGCAAGAAAUAAAAGCUAGCAAGGGGAUCACGGAGACCUAGAGGUUUGAGGUGAAAGACGAAUCUCCAGCUUUAACAGGAAUGUGGUUGUUAAGCCUGUAUUAGUGCUAACAGCCUAGAGAGUUAUCCGGCUGGGACUUCUGUCUCUUGGGUAAAGUUGGGUCAAAUUCGUAAAUGUGUCCCGUCCAUCAAUAUGGACUUGAGGCUUUCUCCGUCGGAAAGGACAAAAAAAGGAGACGUGCAUUCGCAGAGGAGAAAAGUCAUCUUCGGGAUCUGAGUUUGGUUUUUUUGCCCCUCUUCUUCUCUCCCCCUCCCCCCCCGUUUACUUCCCUCCUCCCUCUCUCUUCUCCUCUCUUUUUCCUUUCCCUUUCAUGCUAUCCCUCUCAGCCCGCUAUUGUUGUCGUGGUCGGGAGCUGGAAGCCUGCGCUCGGAGUGGGCUGGGCGGACAGCCUGGGAGCCGCGAGCCGGGCCGGGGCCGCCGCCGCCGCCUCCGCCUCCGCCGCCGCCACGACCCGGAGCCCCGUUGCUAGGAGGCUUCAGGACUGACUUCAGCGUGGACUGACUAGCUCCCCCACUUCCCCACGAGUCCCGGGUUUCCUCCUCAUCCUGCACCCGCCAGUGGGAACAGGCUCCUCAUCCGAGAGAACAGCGUAGCGGACAUUUCCCCGGAUCAUCCCUCAUCAGACCAUCAGGUGUGUGCAAGGCUAUGAGUGCGAGCGAGGCCCCUGCAAAGAGAGGGACCGAGAGGACGCUUUGUGUUGGAAGGAGGAGACGGCGCAGACGCAGCGUGGAAGCCGCCUGGGUAGUGUUGUCUGACGUGCUGAAUGUGCGGUACAGGGGAGCCGUAGCAGGUUUCCAAGUGAGAGAGAGGGCGGUGAGCAAAGACCCGCAUCAGAGCGAUGACCAUUGGCGGAUGCAGGAAGGCUCGGUCCAUGAUCCUCCUGGGAUGGAGCCAGGAAGCAGACUAGAACCAGGGGCUUGGAGGGCAAGGACAGGCAUCACUGACAAAGAAACUGAAACUGCUGGAAAACCCAGGGGUAAAUGUGCCAAAGCUGGCGAACGUGACCUCAGAAGCCUCUUUUAUGCCCAUGGCACACCUGCCACCUCCGCGGUGCCCCUGCCAGGCUCGGCCCAGGCCCUCAGCCGUCAUGAGCCCCCGGAGAAGCAGGGCAGCACCCCGCAUGGAAGCCCAACCCUCCCCUUCGAGGUCUGGGGCAAGCCAGCAGUAGCAUUUGGCAAUCCGGGAAGUCAGAAAGGAGCCCCGCAAGGGGGCCACCAUCUGCAAGGGGACCUGGAAGGCCAGUCCCUCAGCCCCAGGGCUUGGCAUGGAACAGAUGCCCCUGUGGACUCAGGACCUAGACACCAGAACGACCCAAGUUCUGCAGCAGCAAGAGCCUGUGUGUGUGAGUUAGAAUCUCACCGUGCCCUAUGUGUACAGUGGACCUGGUGAGGCCUGCCUCUGCAGUGGAGUGCCUGAGUUACCUGGGACAACCCCCCUAAACCUCUCUGGACCUCAGUCUCCCCAGCUCUAGAAUAGGAGGUGGGGCUCCUCACGAGGGGUGCAGGGCCUACCUGGCCUCUCCGCUCUCCAGUUGUUUUGUGACACCCAGGGGACAUUGCAGGGCUUACCCUCAGGCACCCACCCUCCGGGCCACCCCUGGGGCUCACUUCCAGGCAGGGAGCGGCUUCCUUGAUGCCCCAGGAUGCCUUGUGGCACUAGCUCUUCCUUAUCCUUGAGCAGACUUGGACCCUGCUUCCAGGCCUUGGUCUUGCUCACUGGUGGAGGUUGGACAUGGAAUAUCCCCGACUAGUCCUCAGUUUCCGCAUUUGUAAAGUAAGAGACUCGCCCUAAGUGACCUCAUGGGAUGACCUCCCAUUCUUGUCUCUUGCAGGUGUGUGCAGUGGUCAGUGGCAGGCAAAUUUUAGUCACAGGGCUCACAGUGUGACCCCAGGAUUCAGGUUUCAUGCCCCCCUAGCCCUGAAGUCAGUGCCCCUUCUCCACUCCGCCCAACCUCACAGAAAGUGCUGCAGAAGCUCCGAGGUCUCUCCUCCUUUUCCUUCUGAAAGAUUAAAAGAAAGAGGACUGGGGAUGCCCUCCGAGGUGCCAGGGGUCUCCACCUUCCUGCCACAUGGCUCCCCGUCAGGCCUCUGACCCCCUUUCCCCAUGGAGUGGAUCUGAAGGGACAUCUGCUGGGAAGCUUCUGCUUCAGUCUGACGUUCAGGUCCUUGCCUCACUGGAAGCUCUGACUUUGAGCCAUGGCCCGAGGACCUCCCCAGGAGAGGAGGGAAUGAGGGACCCUGUAGCCAGAGCCUUCAGGAACCUUGGCAGGGGCUGAGCCCAAAGCACCCUCACAGUGAUCACAGGGGCUGAGUCUAACUUUCUGAAGAAUCCCAGCAGAGAUCACCCAGGCCUGGGGUGGGGAGGGGGACAGGGCAGCAUCUGAGACGCCUUCAGUCCCAUGGCUACUUGGCCAAGGCUGCCCUAGAAAAGGGCCUUUUGUGCCCUUCCUGCCUGAUCCAGAGGCUCUAGCAUCCCCCAGAAGACCUCAGGCCCCUGCCGUGGCAAUGGCAUCUCCUCACCAUUAGAUGGUCCCCCACAUAGGACCCCCUGGAGUCCCCAGAAGUGUCCAAAGCCAUGCCAACAGGCUCCACGCACGGGGACUGAGGGGUCAUUAUGGCACUAGGAAAAGCCAUUGAGAGCCUUGAGCUGGGGGCUCCCUGGAGGCCAGGAAACAUGUCGGGGGCCAGGAGGGGAAAAUACAUUGCCUCUCAUGGGUGGGGGCCUUCCUGGGUCUUGUUUCAUGAAAAGUAGCUUCAGUGUCCCUGGCACCACAGUCAGGCAUUUCCAUGCCAGCACACCAAAGCUUGGGAGGUCACCAGGGAAUGAGCUUCACUUGAGGUCUGAGACCAGGCCUUCCUGGCCCUCGGGGCCCAUCCUCAGGGCCAGACCCCAGAGGGACAUGGGUGGUGCUGCUGUCCCUGGCCAGCUCCUGGGGUCCCCUGGCAGAUGGGAACAAUUUGGGGAUCCCUUUGUCCUGGGUCGGAUGCCAGCCAUGGCCUCUCAGCCCUGAACUAUGAUUGGAAAAGCAGCUAGUUAUCCUGGGGUUUGGCUCCAGGGCCCAGAACUGAAGGUGGGUUUGAGGGUGGGGGGAGUCCCAAGUGGGUAUCGCCCCUUCUCUGUACCCAGAAAUCCUGAGGCUCCCCACAGACCCUGGUUCUAAAGCAGUAGCCACUUCCCAGCCUGGAGAGAGUUAAGUCCUUUGUCAUGGAGAAGUCAUUGGGAGAUGGAAAUGUCACAUUGUGCUUUCAUCUUAAACAUCUGUUCCACUGCAAAGCCAACUGUUGCCAGAGUUAUUUUUUGUCCUUUUAUUUUUUUUUAAGAAGAGAGAGAGAGAAAAACGGCCCAGAGCCUUUGAGGCCGGCAUUCUGUUUACCACUGAAAACGACUCUCUGGUUAUCAGCCAAAUGCAAUCGUGGCUGCUUUGUCAGAAUCAAAAUGGCGGCCUUUGGGCAUGACUCACUUGGCAGAGUGCAGCUGCAUUCUGUCCCUGCCUAGCUUUCUGUCCUUAAGACCCUCCCCACUCUGAUCUCCCACACUCAGUGAAUCCAGAGCCUCCCCUAUGAUUUCAGGAGCACUCCCCAUGGGGGGAGGGGUGGGGAGACUGAAUGGAAGAAGCUCAAAUGGGGGAUGCCCAGAGAUCUUGCCUUCAUCCCCCAAGGUUAGCCUGGACCCAGAAGCAUCUAUCCCCAUGGCACUGACAGGGCCGGGUCUUGGCAAGAACAGUAUAGACUGGCCAAGCCCCAGACUGGCCAGAAAGUUCUAGAAAGAAACAAUGGGCCUUGCUGAGCUUGGUCAUCUCACAGGUCUAAGGCAGGGGGUGGGGGUGGGGGUGACCCUGUUUGUGAGGGAAAGAAAAGCACAGAAUGCAUGAUUCUAGAGCUGGAAGGCACCUCAGAGGCCGUCUGAUUCAAUCUGUUCAUUUUACAAAUGAGGAAACUGACACCCAGAGAAUUGCCCAAGGUCAGGGUGGGAUUUGAAACCAGUACCUCUGACUCCAGAUUUAGUAACCUAACCUGCUCAUUUUAUAAAUAGAGAAACUGAGGUCUAAAGAGGGUGACAGGCUCCCAUAGCAAAUUACUGGCCAGCCCAGGAUGAGAACCCACAUCAAGGGGAGGUGUGCUUUUUACCUUACUUUCAACCUAAUACCAAAUAAAUAGGAAGUCUGAGGGUUUGAGUGGAAAGAACGUCUUUGGAAACCUCAGAGGAAUCCCAAAUGUUCCUGGUAAGCCAAGGGGCAUAGGUGGUAUCAAGUCUUGGCCCACUCCACUACUAACCAACCCCAUGGGCACUGUGGGUAACUUACCCCUCCCCCACCCCCACCUUAGCCUCAGUUUCCUCCUUUGGCAAAUAGGGAUAAAGAACUCUGCCCAAGCUUCUUCCUCCAGAUGGGUUGUAAGGAUCAAAGAUGUACAGAGCAGAUUCUGUGGCAGCCCAAGGCUCCCGGGAUAUUGGUGAAUCAUUCGGCUCCUUCGGUCAGCCAACAUUUCCUGAGAGCCUCCUAGGCACAGAUGCUGGGGCUGGGCACUGAGGCUAGACCAGACAGUGGGUGUGAAAGCUUCGGUGAUGAGGGUACAAAGGGAGGCCGCACCCCCUAGUCCCAGCCGAGCACAAAGAACCACAUGUCUCAGGGGCAUCUCUGCCAGAGAAUCCUCCAGCCUGGGCUUGCUUGGAGACCCCUGUGGACCAGGAGCCCCACCUCCUGAGGCAGCUCCCAUGGGGAGGAACGCGGGAAGUGACCUCUGUGCCAUUGCUCCUGCCUCUGGGGAAGGGUCACGUGGACCAAGCCUGGUCCUCUCUCCCAGUAACAGCCCCAGGGAUGUGGGAAGACCUAAAAGUGCCCGAUGUUGCUGAGGGCGCCUCUCAAGACCCUGCACUGUCCAGAGCACCUGCCCCUCCUCAGUGGCCCAUGCAGCCAAGCAGGCAGCAAGCACCUGGGAGAUGCCUCCCCUGUACUUGGCACCAGAGAUCCGGAGACCAAACCAAACCACUUCUGCCCUCAGGAAUGGCCAUUCUCCUAGGGUAGAUGGCACAUAUGAAGUCGUUGGUGGGGGAUGCCCCGGUAGAUGGCAGAGGGUCUCAGGAAAGGGCUCCUGGGGGAGGCUGAACUUAAAGGAGGUCGGAAUUCUAGGCCCACCCCUGCAUGUCCUAAGCCCACAUCUAGAGUAGCCCCGGGAAGGAAAUCUGCUUUCCGGGAGAAGUGGGGAAAGAGGCGGGCAGUGUGCGCAGUUGCAGUGGCUCACCAUCUGUCUAGCCUUCUUUCCUUCUAGGUGUUCCAGCACCCCAGGUUGGAUGGCCAGCACCCCGUUGGAGAAUGACUGCCCUUUGGGGUGAGGUAGUAGGUUGUAUAGUUUGGGGGUCGCUCCCUCUGUCUGUGAGAUAACUAUACAGUCUACUGUCUUUCCCGAAGUGGCUGUGACAUCGCCGCUGGAGGGAGCCCAGAGAGCCUUGCUAGGCUGCACCGAGGGCCUGAGGGGGGAGGGGGAGCCCCAUCACUUCAGGGGCUGAAGGGAGAAUCAGAGGUAUGGGGCUGGAGCUAGGGCAGCGCUGCUGGCUGGUGGCCCCAGGCCCCUGGAGGCUAAGCUCAGGGGUUAUUGUUUCUGUGAAUGUCAGGGAUGGGAGGGGGCUUUGGAAAGCCUCUGGUCCAGCCUCUCGUUUGAUAGGCCCUAGCAGGGAAGGGGCUCACUCAAGGUCCCUAGGAAGUCCCUGUGCAGGUGGCCUGCGUCCCCAGGUCUCCCCAGCCCACUCCAGGGUCAGACACACUUGACAGUGAGUGGUUUCCUUACUCACUUAGAAGCCCAACAGUCCAGACACAGGCGAUCGAGGGGCACGAUGUUCAUUGGCCCAGACAUGUAGGCUGGCCCUCAGGCCAGAGGAAUGAAGCUUAAGUGUGAAGGGGAAGGCCUGGAUAGACACAUUGGGGAACCUUGGUCUACCUUCCCACUCCUCCGGACUCACACCGUGCCAAAGGCUGACCCAUCCAUGCAGGAUGAUUUGGAAAGGUGUCUGUGAAUACCAACAAGUCAUGCCAUUUUCUUUCCUCACUUUUGGGCAGGGUAUUGUGGUGGAGCUCUGGGCUGUCUCUGUGUCACUAGGUAGCCUAUCGGGGGAGACAAGCACUGGCCUGGGAGCCGGGAGACCCAGAACAGCUGUGUACCUCAAUUUCCUUUUCUGUAAAAUGAGCAGGCUGGCCUCCACGACCCCUUAGGUUCCCUUUCUAGCUUUGACAUUCCAUGGAAUUUUCCUUAUCUCUUGUAUCAUACCCCGCUCAAGUCAGCAGCUUCUCUGGAGGGGCUGAGUGCUGAGUGGUUGGGAGGGGGCCAGAGAGGCGCCUCCCAUCAGGCAGGAAUGGCCUGCAACCUUUGUGAAAGGCCCUGGGGUCUUAGAGCAGGGCUUCUGUGGGAACUAUCUCCAUAUCACUGGUUUCCUUGGUAAAUCUGGGUUUUAUUGGACAACUCUGAGAAGGAAUCCAUGGGCUACCCAAGGGGUCCAGGACCCUGGGGAGGUUCCAAGCCCCUGACUGAGCCAGAAGGCUCUCUGGCCAGCUUUCCUUUUACAAAGCACACUGGGGCACAGGGAGGGGGGAAAGAGCUCAGCCAGGGGUCACAGUGAGCUGGAGCCAGUGGCCUCCUCAGCUUUGCCCAGUCCUGGGAAUGUGUAAGAGAAGUCUAGGUGGGUGGAGGCAGAUUGCCUUGCGGGCAGGGGGGCUUUGGGGAGCAACAGGAGAGACGGGACUGGAGACUAGGAGUAGGAUUGGGGAGCCUUUUCCCUCAGGCCCAGGGUCGGAUUCUUGGGCCUGAAAGAAGCCUGCGCGGCCACCACCUCGGACAGCCUCUGCUCAGCGCCUCGCGGGGUGAGGUAGUAGGUUGUGUGGUUUCAGGGUAGUGAUUUUGCCCCAGUCAGAAGAUAACUAUACAACCUACUGCCUUCCCUGAGGGGCUGCCUCAGCCCACCCGUGGCCAUCACCGGGCCCUCGCAGCUGCCCAUUGGGCCCCCACUGCUAACCACCAGGUCCUCACUACUAACCCUUGGGCUUUCAUGGCAGCCUGGUCCUCUCACGGCUGCCCACUAGUCCCUGGCUGCUCAAGGUUCCCUGACUCUUAGGAGGGACAUCCACCCACCCAGGCAUUGGGGUAAGCUUCCCCCAGCCCCUAAGCCUUUGUCCAAGGCUGGUCACUCUGGGGGUGACCAGGCCAGGGAUUGGGCAAUUUUAAAAAUAAAGUCCAUUGUAAUGGGAAUUCUGGUGGAAUGAGCCUGUUUUCAUUUGUUUUCAUGAAAUAUUGAUCCACAUGGGGUUCCAGGAAUGUACCAUUCUUGGCAUGGGAAGCAGACAGUUCUAGGGCUCCACUAAGUGCCCAAACUUGUGGGCAUCGUGUGGGAAGAGUCCUGUGUGCCAUACUGUGUGUGUCAGUGUAUUAGUGUGGGGUGUGUCUGUGUGUGGUGUGUGUGAGU